CACUUGUUUCUUCACUUGAACUAUCCUCUUGUCGGUUUCCACAGCCGAGUAGUGAAUCUUCGUGAUGAUGGUAUUGACUCCUCCAACUGUUCAGCAUGCUUAUGCAGUGGCCAAAUAAGUCCUUUUUACGCCCCGGAUAAUGACACAAAAAGCGCCGGCAUGUACGAUUUGCAGCAUACCAUCGGUUGGGGGCACUACGCCGUGGUCAAAUUGGCACGACAUGUCUUUACCGUUGAAAAGGUCGCAGUCAAAAUUAUUGACAAGACCAAAUUAGAAGAUAUUGCUCAAGACCAUCUGUUCCAAGAAGUUGUUUGCAUGAGGCUUGUUCAACAUCCAAAUGUGGUUCGCUUGUACGAGGUGAUCGACACUCCGAACAAACUUGGACUGAGUGAACGGUUGGCUAAACGAUAUGUUCGUCAGAUUGUCACUGCAAUCGCUUACUGUCAUAAACUACAUGUUGUUCAUCGUGACUUAAGGCCGGAGAAUGUAGUCUUCUUCGAGAAGUUGGGUCUGGUCAAACUAACGGAUUUCGGCUUCAGUAAUCGCUUCACUCCGGGAAUGCACUUGGAUACAACAUGUGGUUCACUGGCUUACUCGACUCCAGAGAUCCUGCUUGGUGACUCGUACGAUGCACCAAAAGUGGAUAUAUGGUCAUUAGUGGUUAUUCUGUACAUUCUGGUGUGUGGUCGAUUACCGUUUCAGGAGACUAACGACAGCAAAAUCCGCACGAAAAUCAUGGAUUGUGAGUAUACCAUCCCCUAUUAUCUGUCCUCUGAGUCAAAACGCGCUCAUUUGGACGAUGUGUUACAGGCCAAUUGGAUUCGGAUUGACGAUAACGAUUUACCAAUCCAGCUAUUCUCUGUUCCUUUGGUCUCUCGUGAGUGUUUGUCGUUUGAAGAUCAUAUGGAAAUUCUCUCCAAAAUGUCCGAGGGUCAACUUGCCACAGUCGACUUUGGAUCGAAAUGGGUACAAUCACAUUGCAGUUACCUAUUUCUUGCUGGCUGA